GUCAAUCUUUUGAUUUUGAUUAAUGAGUUGUGCCGUUAAUCCUACUUUAUAUGCAAAUCCAUGUACUUUUUAUUUAUGGCUUUACUCUUAAACAUUUCAGUAGUAUUAUAUAUUUUAAGUGGUAAAUAAUAAAUAAUGGGGGAAACGGUCUUAUCGGGAAAUGAACAUUUUUACAAUAAUGGUGAAAUAGAAUGGCAGCCUUUAGCUCUAACUUUAGUCGAAUAUCCUAAAGGUGAUUGGAUUGGUAAAAUCUUUGCACUUAUUAGUUUAGCUCCCUUUGGAAUUGGAGCUGGAUUUGUAACAUUAAUUUUAUUUAGACGCGAUCUGCACACAAUAGCAUUCUUUUUUGGGACUUUACUCAAUGAGUUAUUGAAUAUAAUAUUAAAACAUUUAAUAUGUGAACCAAGACCACUGGCAAGAGGUCAUUUAUAUAAUGAAUAUGGAAUGCCAUCAUCCCAUGCGCAGAAUAUAUGGUUCUUCAGUUUUUAUGUUUUAUACUUUUUUGUAAUAAGAUUACACCAUAUAAACAACAAUAGUAUAAUUUCCGCACUAUGGAGAGUUAUAAUAGUGGGUGGUUGUUUCAUGCUGGCCGUGCUAGUGAGCAUUGGCAGAGUGUACUUGCACUAUCACACUGUAUCUCAAGUGGUGGUUGGAGGUAUCAUAGGAUUUGUAUUUGCAACAACUUGGUUCAUUGUUGUGCAUAGGAUUUUGACACCACUGUUCCCACAAUUAGUAUCUUUGAAAGUAUGUGAAAUUUUAAUGAUACGAGAUACAACAUUAAUACCCAAUGUAUUGUGGUUCGAAUACACAAAGUCGAGACAGGAGGCGCGAGCGCGCGGUCGCAAGAUGGCGUCCUUGAAGACGACGCAAUGACGCUACGCCUGCGAGCGCGCCUGCGCUGCGCCCAAGAAGCGCGCGUGACGCUUCGCAGCCGCCGCGGCCCUCGCGCUCAUCGGCGGUAUUGUUUUUAUAAUAACUGAACCUUUCUCAUUAAUCUUUUCCUGAGAUACGCUUUGAUAUUUAAAUUUGCAUAACAACAUUAUGCAAUUAAUAAUUAAAAACAUAAUAUUGACAUGGUAGAGUUAUGUAAAAACUGAUCUAACAAAGAAAUGCAAUAAUUACGAAUAUGAUUAGUAUAGCCAUGGCAGCUUGACUUAAAUGCAUUUUAUAUUGAUCAUAUGAGCAAAAUAUUUUAGAAGGAAUAACAUACAUUUUUAAGGUUG